AUCAACGCGGAGCUCAAGAUGAUGCAGCCAUUGUGGGCCAUUGUGCUCCUACUCCUGCCCCUGAUCCACGCAGAUGUGAGCCACCUGCCCAAGGAAUACAUACCGCCAGCGCCCAGUGCGGCACAGGAGCCAUCCACACGGUCUGCUGAUGGCCCGGAGGUACAGAAGGAUCCAUCUGGCUUCUAUCCCUCGACUGGACUGGCCCUGCCGCCGGGCUAUGCCAUUCCCACGGGCAGCAACGUCCCCGCAUCGCCUGUCCAGGCGCCAAACUUCCCGCUGCCCAUCUACCCACCAUUCUUCGGCUUCGGCGGCGGACCGAUCGAGCAGGGAGGUGGACCCGGCAUUGGGCCAGUGCCCUCGGCCUAUCCCAACGGAGGUGCAUUCCCGGGAGGUCCUCCGAAUGCGGCCUACCAAGUGCCGCCGGGUGGUGCUUUCGGUGCGCCGGGUGGUGCUUUCGGUCCGCAGGCAGGUGGUUUCCCUCAGGCAGGUGGUUUCCCACAGGCAGGCGGUUUUCCACCACAAGGAACUGGCUUCCAGCCACAAGGCAUCCCUGGCAAUGGGUUCCCAGCGCAAGGAGCUCCCUUCUCACCACAGCCAGGUGCGUUCCCACCGCAGGCAGGUGCCUUCGGUCCGCAGGGCAUACCUGGCAGUGGUGGUAACUACCCAGGAGGUCCCUUCCCAGGAUCCGCCUAUCCACCAGAGUUCCUGACGAGCCAGGGACUUCCGCUAACCAAUCCCCAGGGUGCCUUCCAGGGACCCAGUCCCGCUGGAUUCAAUGUGCCCGUGGGCUUCGGCGGACCUGUGCCCGGCCAGAAUCCGUAUCAGCAGUUUGGACCCGGUUUCGGAGGACCUGCUCCGCCGGGCUACUCCGAUGAGCCGGCCAAGGAGCAAGGAGCGAAGGAAGGCGAGAGGAAGGUGGUGGUGCCACCACCACUGGCCGAUGAUCCCAAGAGUGUGGCGGAUACGGUGUACGCACCAAAUGGCGGCUACGUUUACAAGAGGGCCAAGUAA